GCGUGCUGUAAAGCGCAGUGUUUUUUCUAUUGCGCUGCUAAGCAGUUCAAUUGUUGACAAAUAAUAAAAUUAAUCAAAAAUGGGAAAUCACAAGGUACUUCGGACCGCUGGAUCCAAUUUGCGGUACUCUAUGUAUGAGUUCAUUGAUGCCGUGCACAAGCGAACGAUUAUCUGGGAGCGACGACACGCAAACUUCCAUAAUCGAGAACUGCGGGAUCAGGCCUGGCAGCAAAUUGGCCAAGAACUCUGCAAGAACUUUUCCUCAGCCAGUGAUGCCGAAAAGAACGAAAUUGUGAAAACCUUAAUGAAGCGUUGGAAGAACACGCGCGACAGCUAUUUGCGGGUGUACCGUAUGCGACAAAGCGGCAAAGAUGUGGUGGUGCGGGCAUCCUACAUAUACGAGCAAGAGCUCAGCUUUCUGCUGGAUGUCAAGACUGAGACCGAAGACGAUGAGGAGCCCCUAAAGGAGGAAACCAAAUUGUCGCCCAAACGGAAGCGCCUUUGCACCCAAAGAACGGCAAGGAAGCGGCGAAGCUCAGAGGAGGAAACGCUAACCGAGCCGCUGACCGCCUCCAACGUUUCUUCAUUGCCAAAUAAUCUGCAUUCCAUGCUGGGUGAUCUGGAUAACUCAACGCAUCCAGAACUCCCCAGUUGUACGAAUGCCUCGGCGCCACCUUCAACCACGGAUGCCGAUCAGGCGUUCUUUGAUAGCAUCAAGCCGCAUAUGCAAAGAAUGAAUGCCGAUCAAAAGCUCGACUUUCAAAUAGAAGUACUAAAAAUUCUUCGCAAUUUUAAGCCAAAUUAAAACGGAAGCUAUAGGAAAAUAUGUUUUUAUUUAUUUUUAAAUUAACUCUAUUAACAGCGAGCCAGCUUAGCAGUAGUAUUACAGCACUCUUGCUGCGCAUAACAGGAAACGUAAUCGUUAUCGGCUAUCGAGUAAAUCAAUAUCGCGCGAAAUUCGAACUGCUGUAAGCAUUACUUGGAUGCCCUAUAUGUCUGCUAAAUGAGCUGAAUAAAGCAUAAAUAAGAAAUUAUCC